AAUAAAUAUAGUACUGUAAUAAAAGGAAAGGAAAGGGAAGGACGACCUGAACACGUGCAAAUACACGACUAUGCUCACUGUGCAGCACGAAUAAACAUAAAAUUAGAAUGGCUUCCGCUUGUACCAGUGAUAAACUAGAAGAUUGCGAAGUAUGCGGGGCGACGAAAGCUAAAUACACGUGUCCGAAAUGUGAGGUUAGAACAUGCUCUCUCGUGUGUGUAAAUUUGCAUAAGAAGGAAUUAGAUUGCGAUGGGAUUCGAGACAAAACGAAGUUUAUCCCUUUAUCGUCAUUUGGAGAUUUGGAUUUACUAAGCGACUAUCGUUUUCUUGAACAAGUUGGCAGAUUAAUUGAUACGAAGAAACGAAAUCCAGAAAAGAAAUACACACGUCAUAGUACUUUACCAGUGGUUUUAGACAGGAAAAAAAAUAUAAAACUAGCUUUAGCUGAUAAAUUACAAUUUUAUAGAGCAGCUGGAUUACCCAGUAUCAAAGUUCUCUUAAAAGCUGAAAAAGUUAAGAAAGCAAACUCUAA